AUGACAAACAGGACAACCUUAGCUACAUUCGUAUUGGUUGGAUUUAGUGGAUCUUUCAUAGAUCAGCUCUCUUUCUUCGUCUCUUUUCUAUUGGUCUAUAUAUUCACUGUUCUGGAAAACUUAGUCAUUGUUGUUUUGGUUUUGCAAGAUUCCAGACUCCAUAAACCAAUGUAUGUAUUCCUAGGUAAUCUAUCCUUCCUAGAUAUCUGGUACGUCAGUGUCACUUUGCCUAACAUGCUGACCAACAUCCUUACUGGAAAUCAUGAGAUCUCCUUUAGUGCUUGUGUUGCUCAGCUUUUUAUUUUUACCUUUCUGGGUGCUGCCGAGUGCUAUCUAUUGGCUGCCAUGGCAUACGACCGCUAUGUAGCCAUCUGUAGUCCUCUAAGAUAUACCUCAAUAAUGCAAGACAAAUGUGUUUUUUGUCUUCUUAUAUGGUCUUGGUCCCUUGGCUUGCUUACUCCUAUACUUCCGAUCUGGUUUCUUACUCAACUGGACUUCUGUGGAUCUAACAAAGUGGAUCACUAUUUUUGUGAUGCCUCUCCACUUGUAAGGCUGUCAUGUGGAGAUAACAUGGUCAAAGAACUUGUAGACUUUAUAGUGUCAGUAUUCGUUCUUAUGAGUUCUUUGAUAGUUAUUGUUGCUUCAUACACAAGCAUCACUUUGUCUAUAAUAAAGAUGUCUUCUUCACAAGGAAGACGCAAAGCAUUCUCCACUUGUACCUCUCACCUGGCAGUGGUUUGCCUUUUUUAUGGGACUAUGGGGUUUACAUACAUGCGGGUGGAAGCCGGACUUCCUAUAUCUGCAAACAAACUUGUAUCGGUUUUCUAUUCUGUCAUCACUCCUACAUUGAACCCUGUGAUUUACACACUUAGAAACAAGGAUGUAAAACGUGCAUUAAAUAAAGUAUUAAUCAACAAAACAUGUUUGAAAAAUGAAUUCUGA